GGUGAAUCGUGACUGGCCGCGCUAAAUCGUGGGGAUGACCCUUGAAUCCCGGGCGGCCUGGUUCCUGCGUCAGCGUCGCCCAAUCGCGUUGGCGCAGGUGCCUGACGAUGGGAAAUGAGAAGACAGGGGAGAGGGCUCGAGAGUCUGCUGCCGCCGUGGUGGACCGAGUCUUUGCUACUCCCCAACCCUCUCUUCUCUUGCGCCGACCAUGUCGCAUGUUGAUGCCCUCGCUCGGUAGUUGAGCCGAUAGCCCAGGCCGCACCAGUGGCAAGCCAUUCAUUCAGUUUAUUUUUGCGCAUAUCGGUCCUUACAGCACACUCUCAGAGACAUACAUCGGCGUCUAUAUCGCCCCUUGCAUUCUUUUUUUUCUGUCUCGGCUUGGCCCCCUGGUCUUUGCGCCUCAUGCACUUGCCAUGUGCUGUCCCACGCUCCUUUCCCCACGGCGCCGGCCGCUGAUCGCGGCGAUCUGCGCCCUGCACCUCCUCGACCUCCUCGCGCCGGCAUCGUCACCGUCCCUCAUACUCCCCGGCGCCGCCGCCCAGCAGGCCGAGGGCACGGUGUGGGCCACGCCGCACUCGCAGUACUCGUCGUCGGUCGGCGUGCUGGGUUGCAAGGUCGACACGAACCGCAUCGCGUACUGGCCCGGCACCGUCGACUGCGACAAGAUCUGCAUCUCACUCAGCCACGAGGGGCGCACCGUCCACCUGCUGCGCGUCGACCAGUCCGAGGGCGCCUUCGACGUCAGCUACGACGCAUGGAACUACCUGAUGACGGGUGCGUCGGCGCGCGCGAACCCGACGGCCGGCGGCGCCGUCGCCAUGGAGUACCGCGAGGCCCAACCCGAGGCGUGCGCUUCGCUCCUGCGCACGCCCGACCGCAAGUUGGCCCUGAGCGCGUCCAACAGCAUGAACUUUCUGUACAACUGCGUCUCCUCGCGGCCCGACAGCUGGGUGGCCAAGAACUUUGCCCUCUACAACGUGCUCGACCCCGUCUGCUCGUGGGGCCACGACGAGGUCUGCACGCCGCCCGACUGGGCCGCGGGCGAGAACCAGCCCAAGUGCAAGUCCGGGCUGGGCGUACCGGCGGUGCUGACGAACCAGCCCGUCUACAACAUCGAGUACCCGACGGGCAAGGUCCUCUCGGCGGCGUCGGGCAAGGUCGUCGACAACCCGCCGAGCGAGAACGCGGCCGCAGCCAAGGAGGUCGACUCGGGCGUUCGCCGCGGCGGAGCCGCCAUGAACUUGGCGUUGGGCGUCGUCUCGACCUGGCUCGUUUACGCCGUGGCUGGGUCAAUAUGAGACAAGCCGCCGCCGCCACCGCGGGAGUGACGAACGCCAUGGCGCCUGCUUUCAUUCCUUCCAUCUGGCCAUCUGGAUACAUGCCCUCUUCUUUUAUACGCACCACGCGCAAAGAAGCGCAACCUUGAUUUAUCCGCUGUCAGCACAGCGCACCCAAAAGCUCCUGGUGUACACCGAGCAACUUUUAUUUCUGCCCUGUUCGCGAGGCGAGGGCUCGAUAUUUGGAUACCCCCAUGUAUAUGUCUCAACGGCACAUAAUUUCUAUUUCUUAUUACCUUGAUUGAUACACUUUUACCAUGGAAUUGCUGUGCCC